CCAAUCAGGAGCCUCCGGACACCGGAAGAUAAUUUUGAAGUCGCCAAAACGCGGAAGCGUUUGUUUUCUUCACUUUUUGCGACAUUUUCUCUCUUUUAAACGCGAUUUCUGAGGAAAAAGUGAAGGCCCUCCUACAGUGUCCGCGAUGUCCAGUAGUUCCAACGACAGUAACGUCCCGUCGGUGCCGUCAGACUCUCCCGGUAGCUCCGUGUCUACAGGCAUGCAGGAGGAGUAUGAAGAGCUGCUUAGAUAUGCCGUGGUCACGCCUAAGAUUGAUCCAAGCCUUCUUCCCAGACCCAUUGAGGAAAUCAGUGGCAUAGAAGAUGAGAGGUCAGAGGUCAACACAGGCACCCAGGCCAGGCUGUAUGAUGAGUCAUCAGUGACUACAGAGAGUUCAGAAGGAGCCACAGCGAGAAGGGUGGAAGAGAUGAAGGCCCUGCGGAGGGAAGACCUGACCCUGCCGCAGCCCGGCGCACCCCAGCCCCAGCGCCCCACCAGUCUCCCAGCAUUCCUCACUUCACCCGGGGCAACCCCUGGGCAACCUCGGGUGUCAGCUAUCACCCCAGGCCUCUCCAUACGCUCCACUGAUGUGGCUCCGCCCGAGACGCCACAGAGCGAAGAAUCGUCGACGGUCAGCGAAUGUUCUCCGUACAGCGAGCGGUCAGCGGCGUCGCCGGCUGUGGACCAGGAUGUGGCCAGGAUAGAGGCACAUCUGGACAACUGGGCACUGGACCUCAAGAGGGGCGUUCUGGCUGAGUUUACGCAGGCCAAGAUUGCUCUGAUCGAGAGACACCGACUUGAAAUGAGGGCAGAGCAGGAAAGACAUGCCCGAGAGGUGAGCCAGCUGCAGAACGAGAUAGAGAGCCUAAAAGAGCUACUCCACACGUACGAGCAGUCCAUCCAGCGGAAGGACCAGGUCAUCUCUAACCUCACACAGGCGCUGCAGAGACAGAAGGAAAAGUUUGACAUGCUGCGGGCCAUGGUGCAGUGGAAGCUGCGACACGCUGACGAGAGGAGGGAGGCGUUUGCGAGUAACCUGGCCCGUAAGCACUAUGAACAGAAGAUCUCAGCGCGUGUCUGGUCAGCCUGGCACGGCGUUAUCGAGGCCAAGUGGAGGCAACGUGUGGAGCGGGCGUGUCAGGCCAAGGCCCAGGAGGUCUGCAUGCAACUGACUAAUGAUUACGAAGCAAGGAUAUCAUCAUUGAAUGAAGCCCUAGAGGCGGCACGGAAUGAGGUAAGCCGUCUCCACGGUGACCGAGACCAGUACGAGGAGACGAUGAAAAAAGCGUUCAUGCGUGGUGUCUGCGCCCUCAACAUGGAGGCCAUGUCCAUGUUCCACCAGGGCGAACAGGGAGGUAGGCCAGCAGACCCCCAGGCUGAGGAAGGGGGUACAGUAGUGCCCCACGAGGAGGUGUACCAGUCAGGACCCCCCCAUGCAGCCCCUCCCCGCGUGGUCACCAGCCAGCAGCCCCCUCCCAGACCCACCGUCAGCUUCAGUACUGCCAGACCUGCUACCAAAACUGCACCGAGCUCAAGGUCAUCCACAGCCCAGAAGCCGGGGUCAAGGACAAUCACAGCCAAGGUCACAGCCAAGCAAGAGGGCCCACGACUGGGGCAUGCUGGGAAGGGUCCGGUUGCCAUGGGACUGGCCCCGCCCAUGAGUUCAGUCAUGGUGGAGAGGCAUCAUCCUGUCACUCAGCAAACUAUUGGGCAUGCCACAGCUGCGCGGUAUCCCAGAAUGCCUUCCCAGUCCCAGCAGCCUUUGCAGCAGUCCCAGUCUGGGAUCUACCAGAGAAAGGUCGCAGGUCAAGCUGGUAAAGUUCAUCUGGGGACACCGAAUGUUCACUCUGUUAAAGUGGUGCAGUAGUUUCCAUGAAAAGUGAAGUAUAUUAUUAUUAUUAAAGUUACGUUUACUGUUAAGUUUACUGUUCAGUUCUGCCAGGGUAUUAGUAGUUCAUUGACACAACAUUUUCUGUAUCUGUAUAGCCGGUAUAACCGCCUUUCGGCGUAACACA